AUGGUGACACUUCUUGCUCUCUGUUCCAGCAUGGGACUCUGGUCCAGGAUAGCUCCAACCUCUGCCAGCUCUCUCAUGGUGUUGUUCCUUGUGAAACAGUAUUUUCACUCCCAGGCCAAAGGUUCUCUGCUGGAAAAAACCACUACUGGGUGGAACAAAUACAAACAGGAAUGCUUGAAAAUGCUGCAGGAAUCAUCUGUAGAUAGUGGAGUACAUUGCAAUGGGACAUUUGAUCAGUUUGUUUGCUGGCCUUACUCACCCCCAGGAAAUGUCUCUGUUCCUUGUCCUUCAUAUUUGCCAUGGCUGGAAAAUGGAAGUGUAGGACAUGUAUACAGAGUCUGCUUGGAUGAAGGGAUUUGGCAAACAAAGGAAAAUUCCACAGACAUUUGGCGGGAUAGUUCAGAAUGUUCUGAGAAAAAUCAUUUCCAAAAAAAUGAAGAAGAACACAAACUGCUCACCACAUUACAGCUGUUAUACACAAUAGGAUAUUACUUUUCUCUCAUCUCACUGGUAUUAGCUCUGCUUAUACUUUCUUUACUCAGAAAACUUCACUGCACAAGAAACUACAUCCAUAUGAAUUUAUUUGCAUCCUUUAUCUUGCGUGCUGCAGCAGUUCUUAUUAAAGACUCUGUGUACUACAAUAUUUACUCAAAAAGACCAAAUGAUGAAAGUGGAUGGAUUUUAUACCUCAGUCCAGAGAUUGUCAUCGUCUGCAGGACUGCCCAGUUUUUCAUGCACUACUUUGUUGGGGCAAAUUACUUCUGGCUGUUGGUGGAAGGGAUUUAUCUGCAUACCUUGUUGAUAACUGUGGUGCUCUCUGAGAGAAGGCUGCUGCAGACAUACAUUGUGAUAGGAUGGGUUGUUCCAAUCCUGUUUGUGGGCCCAUGGGGAAUAAGUAGAUCCAAACUGGAGAACACUGGGUGCUGGGGAACAAAUGAACACAUGGGGAUCUGGUGGAUCAUCCGAGGACCGAUGUUGUUUUCCAUUGCAGUUAACUUUGUCAUCUUCUUAAAAAUUCUCAGAAUGCUGAUUUCCAAACUGAAAGCUCAGCAAAUGACCUUCCAUGACUACAAAUACAGAUUGGCAAGAUCUACACUUGUGCUGAUUCCACUGUUGGGGAUCCAUGAAUUUGUAUUUACCUUCAUCACUGAUGAACAGGUGGAAGGACUUUCAAGACAUAUAAGACUUUUCAUUCAGCUGACAAUGAGCUCAUUUCAUGGUUUUUUGGUAGCAGUUCUCUAUUGCUUUGCUAAUGGAGAGGUGAAAGCAGAGCUGCAGAAGCAAUGGUCCCGAUUCCUGCUGGCAGAUCCCUUUGGCUGCAAGCUCUGCUUUCUGGGGGAAAACAUCAAAUACCUGAGGAAAUGUUCCCAGAAAAGGAAAAAGCAGCACCUCAGCAGCAGGCACCACUUCUGCCUGGAGGUGAGCAAGCCCUGGGAGCUGCAGCUGCAGAAGAGGCAGAGCCCAGGGGCCCAGGCAGGCCCUCCCCAGAUGAGCAUGUCUGACAGCAGCGAGGGAGAGGUCACCACUGCAGAGACCACCGAGGAAGUCUUCGAGGAAAGUGAAAUUUAG